GUAGAGGGCUACGGCCAAACUUUUGUUCAAUCAGAGGAACAAAAGCUUGAUUGGGGAGACAUGCUUUUCCUUGCAACACUUCCUACUUCCUUCAGACAAUUGAGGUUUUGGCCCACUAAUCCAUCUUCAUGCAGGUACUAAUUAUUUAAUAAUCCUUCUUGUUUAUGAGAUUUAUUCUUCUUCAUUAAUGUUAAUAUUUUUCAGGAAAAGCAUUGAUGAGUAUGCAGUUGAAUUGAAGAGAGUAGCUGAUGGUCUACUUCAAAUAAUCUCCAAAAAUUUGGGAGAUGAAUUUGGAAAUGUUUAUGAGAUGUUUAAGGGGGGAAUGCAAACAUUAAGAUUCAAUUACUAUCCUCCAUGUCCAAGUCCUGAGAAGGUCUUAGGCCUUUCUCCACACUCUGAUGCUGUAGUUUUGACAUUACUGCUACAAAUGAAUGAAAUGCAUGGCCUGCAGAUUAAAAGAAAUGGUGGAUGGCUCCCAGUUAAAGCUUUGCCGAGAGCUUUCAUUGUAAACAUCGGCGACAUCAUUGAGAUAUUAUGUAAUGGGAAAUAUAAGAGCAUUGAGCACAGGGCUGUUGUGAACCAUGAGAAGGAGCGGAUCUCUGUUGCUGGAUUUCAUACGCUAAAUAUUGGUGAUUUUGUGGGACCAAUCCCAGAGAUAGUGAAAGGAGAUGAGCUGCUUUAUAAGAGCUUGCCAUUUGAAGAAUAUGCAAAGCAGAUCUUCGCUAGUAAAUUGGAAGGGAAGAGCAUAUUGGAUCGCAUGAAAUUGGAUGAAUGAUGAUAAUGAUGAAUGAAAUAGCCAUCCUACCUAUACAGAUAUGAUUUAAAUAAAGAAUUUGUAGGGUUUUUUAGUUGGGUUUAUUUCACAAUAGAUGGUAAUAAAAUUAUGAAAGACAGUUGUAAAGAUUUAGGCUCAUUUAAUGUUUCUUAAAAGAUAGAAAAUAUACCAUUACUCUAUUA